AUGGCACGCAGAACAAAGAAAGUCGGUAUCUGUGGCAAGUACGGUGUUCGCUAUGGUGCAUCUCUCCGUAAGACAAUCAAGAAGAUCGAAAUUUCACAGCGCAAGAAGUAUCCAUGCGCCUUCUGCGGCAAGGAUUCCGUCAAGCGCAACGCCGUCGGCAUCUGGACAUGCACCAAGUGCGGCAAAGCUGUUGCCGGUGGUGCCUACACACAACCACACCAGCUGCCCUCACAGCUCGUGCUGCCUACAAACGUAUCCGAAGCCCAAGCCAAGUAA